GCAUGCGCAUUUACAGCAUCAUCAGCACCAGCUCAACAGAACAUCGCGAUGCUCCAGCCUCCUCUUGUGUUUACUAUCGUUUGGGGAAGAUUUGGUUAUGAAAACCUUUAGAUUAUCGUCAUACAUGCUGAUGGAUGUUUUCUCUAUCGUACCAUACACAUAAGCCGAGAUAAAGAGCUCUGACAGGAGUCAAUCUCUCAUUAUAGUGAGGGCCUUAUCAGAGCGCGUAACAUCGUUUUCAUCAGGACUGACCAGGGCUCGUAUUUUUAUCUCGCUGAUUUCAUGUGUAUAAAGGUGUAAUUAUCUGCUCAGUGGGAUGCACAUCAGUGCUUUGCCGUACUCUCUCUCCGUUAUAAUGGCUGCUCUAUAUCAGGGCACGGACGUGUCCUCACCGGAUAAAUAUCUGGCGUUAAAAGACGUCAGAGAGGUGAAGGAGGAGACCACUCUGGACGAGAAGCUCUUUCUGCUGGCCUGCGAGAAGGGAGACUACUACAUGGUAAAGAAACUCCUGGAGGAGAAACGACAUGGUGAAUUAAACAUUAACUGUGUAGAUGUGCUUGGGAGAGAUGCUGUGACCAUUUCAAUCGAGAAUGAGAAUCUAGACAUACUGCAGUUGCUCUUGGAUCAUGGCUGUCAGGCCACAGAUGCAUUAUUAGUGGCUAUUGAUUCAGAAGUGGUAGGAGCAGUUGACAUCCUGCUAAACCAUCGGCCCAGGCGUUCCUCCAAGCCUUCUAUUGCGAAAGUGAUUCAGCGCAUUCAAAACCCAGAGUAUUCCACGACCAUGGAUGUUGCUCCAGUCAUUCUUGCUGCCCACAGGAACAAUUAUGAGAUUUUGACCAUGCUGUUAAAGCAAGACAUCUCUCUGCCCCGUCCUCACGCUGUAGGGUGCGAGUGCACUCUCUGUAAUGCCAAGAACAAGAAGGACAGUCUUCGCCACUCAAGGUUCCGUCUAGAUAUCUACCGAUGCCUCGCCAGCCCAUCCUUGAUCAUGCUAACAGAAGAAGACCCCAUUCUGAGAGCAUUUGAGCUCAGCACUGAUCUGAAAGAGCUGAGCCUGGUGGAAGUGGAGUUUCGAAAUGAUUAUGAAGAACUUGCCAAGCAGUGCAAGAUGUUUGCCAAGGACCUGCUGGCUCAGGCCCGCAACUCUCGUGAGCUGGAGGUCAUCCUGAACCACACGUCCAAUGAGGACCACGUGGACAAGAGAGGCCUGCUGGAGGAGCGCAUGAACCUCAGUCGCCUCAAACUGGCCAUCAAAUACAACCAAAAAGAGUUUGUCGCCCAGUCCAAUUGUCAGCAGUUCCUGAACACGGUGUGGUUCGGCGAGAUGGCGAGCUACCGCCGCAAGCACACAUGCUUAAAGAUCCUGUAUGUUUUGAGUGUUGUUCUGCUGUGGCCGCUGCUGUCCGUCUGCUACCUGCUGGGACCUCGUUCUCGCGUGGGCCAGGUCAUCCACACACCUUUUGUCAAGUUCAUCAUUCACAGUGCAUCUUACUUCACCUUCCUACUGCUUCUAAACCUGUAUUCACUGGUCUACAACGGGGAGAAGAAGAACUUCAUGGGUCCCCCUUUGCAGUUGAUAGACUACCUUCUCAUUCUCUGGAUCAUAGGCAUGGUGUGGUCAGAUGUGAAGCGUCUAUGGUAUGAGGGAUUAGAAGAUUUUCUGGAAGAGUCACGGAACCAGCUAAGUUUCGUCAUGAACUCACUUUAUUUGGCCACCUUUGCUCUAAGAGUGGUGGCUCACAGCAAGUUCAAGAACGUCGAAUUAGACAGGAAAAACUGGGAUGCGUUCCAUCCCAUCCUGGUUGCUGAAGGGCUUUUUGCUUUCGCCAAUGUUCUGAGCUAUCUGCGUCUCUUCUUCAUGUACACCACCAGCUCCAUCUUGGGGCCUUUACAGAUCUCCAUGGGUCAGAUGUUACAGGAGUUUGGGAAGUUUCUUGGCUUAUUCCUGCUCGUGCUCAUCUCUUUCACCAUUGGCUUGACACAGUUGUAUGGAAAAGACCAGAAGGAUCCAUCCACAGCCAAAAAUGAAACCAAGGACUGUGGGGGCAUCUUCUGUCAGCAGCAGAGCAACGACACCUUUCACACGUUCAUGGGGACAUGUUAUGCCCUCUUCUGGUACAUUUUCUCUCUGGCACACGUGGCUCUGUUUAUCACAAGGAUCAGCUACACAGAGGAGCUGCGAUCAUUUGUUGGUGCUCUUAUAGUCGGAACCUACAACAUUGUUGUAGUCAUCGUUCUCACUAAACUCCUGGUGGCUAUGCUGCAUAAGAGCUUCAGACAGAUUGCUAACCAUGAAGAUAAGGAGUGGAAGUUUGCUCGGGCUAAGCUGUGGCUCAGCUACUUUAAUGACAAGUGCACACUGCCUCCACCCUUCAACAUCCUCCCCUCACCCAAGACUUUGUGCUACUUGGUGAUCAGCCUGAGCAAAUGGAUCUGUUCUCACACCUCCACAGGCAAGGUCAAGAGACAGAAUAGCCUCAAGGAAUGGAGGAACCUGAAGCAGAAAAGAGACGAGAACUACCAGAAGAUUAUGUGCUGUCUAGUGCACCGUUACCUGACCUCCACAAGGCAGAAGAUGCAGAGCACGGAUCAGGCCACGGUAGAGAACCUCAACGAUCUGCGGCAAGACCUAUCUAAGUUCCGCAAUGAAAUGAGGGACCUUUUGGGCUUCCGCACUUCCAAAUAUGCCAUGUUCUACCCCAGAAGCUAAGCCAUGACCAUUUAGUAAAAGUUACCCAGCAUGCUCAGCAAUGCUCUUCUUCUUCUCUUUUUCUUUGGAAGAUGUAAGGUGACAAAAAAAAGUCCUGGGACUCUACUGGAAUUCUCUUAAGCUCUGUUUAUUCUACACCAAAGUCUCCAGAACCAUAACUUAUGUAAUAUUCUUGCAUCCUACUUGUUUUCUAAAAGUGUCAUUCUUUUCAAAUAAAUAACAUUUAUUAUAAAGAAAUGUUUUAUAUCGAA